AUUUGUAAGCUGUUCUACAAACCGAAAUCGGUCAUUGUUGUUGUAUUUUUUACAACGACGGCUAUUUAUGAGGGUGACAUUAUAGAUUGAGCAGGAAAUAGUAAAUAAAAUCACGUAUUCGGCUGAAAUGUAACGCGAACCUCGCUAUCAAAGUGAUGCCUUCAAGUGCCAUGGGACAUUUUCUGUUAUGCCAAAUGAAGCGUCCAGAAAAGUGGUGAAAAUCUAUUGAAAGGUAUACGGUUACACUCAACGCCUGGCGUCGAGAUAGUAACAAGUAAUGCGACCACCGGUAUACCUAGUUAUAAAACAGUGUAUCAUUGUUUUUACUUCGUUUUACUGAUUACACGAUAACAGCCGUUAUUCGCCGUUUCUAGGAAAGAGUUGUUGCAGAUUUAAAUGUCCAGGCAAUGCACUGCCGUUGACUCAACCUGCGAACUCGGAAGUAGUAAGACGUUUCCGAUUGUUGUUGAAGGCACCACAACAGCAAUCCAACCUUGCUAGUUGUAGCUAGCACGUUGGCUAAUGCGGAUACACCACCCGUGGACGACGUAAUAAUACACGAGAAGGGACACCCGACAGGACAACGCGACGGGAUCAGAGCCCCUUUUUCUACGUGAUACCGAUUCCCCCACCGAAUCCACGGCGGACUGUCCCGCUCACGCGACUUUCUCAGCGCACGUCAAUGUUAGCUGCGCAAUAAGCAGCAAAACGAGAUUAGCCGUGUGCUAGUUUCAUCUGCCCCUUCGACGCGUCAAUGAAUGAGGGCACCGAGUAAACAAGCCCGCUAGCCUCCUCCUUGUUGUGGUCCACCCCCGGUUCGUAGCUCUCAGAUGCUCGAAGCAGCGGACGUGGAGGCGACAUAUUCGUUUUUUGGGACGCGUGAUUACGUUAGCUGAUGGACAUCAGCAGCUAGCCGAGGGACUAAUCCAUCCAAGUUUGUUGGAAAUGCAUCAUCGCGAAGAAACCACGCAUUGCACAGGUACAUAGACGGAGCGAUGCUAGCGGUGCGAUGUCAAAGCCGGGGUGGUUUUGUUUUCAAACUUAUUUUCUAAUCCCGUGAUCGCCCCCAUCGGGCCAGGUCCUCACCGCGGAGUGGAUUUGGGAAGUUGUCGGUUUUUUUCUUGUCGAGAAGGAACGAGAUGGCGCUUCGGACAAACCCUGCUCUGCGUCCCAGGUAGGGGAGUGGUGGUGGUGAUCCCCGACCCGGCUUGGCCCGGCCCGGCCUGUUUACGGACGAUGGCAACACGCUGAUCAUCCGCGGCUCUUGUUGUUGUGUCCAUGCAUUCACCUUCAAACCAGGCGGUGGUUCGCGAGCGGGAUGCCAUGACAGUGAAGUGAAUAGUUAUUCGGGGAUUUUUUGAAGGAUCAUGACGGAAACAGAGGAAGUUCCCAAAGACGACACUUAUUGGACAUAAUCAUGGACUGUUGAGCUCAACUCGGCGCAUUUCCUUCUUUUUUUUAAUCCAAAACUAUUUUUGUUGUUUUUUUUAAAGUGUGUUUCACUUGCACCUCACCAACAUGUCGGCAUUUGCUGAGUUCGUGCCCCCUCCAGAAUGCCCGGUGUUUGAGCCGAGCUGGGAGGAUUUCUCGGACCCUUUAGGUUACAUCAACAAGAUCCGACCCAUUGCAGAGAAAACGGGCAUCUGCAAGAUCCGACCCCCCGAGGACUGGCAGCCUCCCUUUGCCUGCGACGUGCGCAACUUCCACUUCACUCCUCGAGUACAAAGACUGAAUGAACUUGAGGCCCUCACGCGGGUGAAGCUCAACUUUCUGGAUCAAAUCGCAAAGUUCUGGGAGCUGCAGGGAUCCAAGACCCGAUUUCCUCAUGUGGAGAGAAAAGUGCUGGACCUCUAUCAGCUCAGCAAGAUCGUGUCCUCCGAGGGGGGUUUUGAGACCGCGUGUAAGGAAAAGAGGUGGUCCAAGGUGGCCAGCAGGAUGGGCUUCCCAGCUGGGAAAGGCACCGGCUCGCUGCUGCGCUCCCACUAUGAGAGGAUCCUUUAUCCUUAUGAACUCUUUCAGUCUGGGGCAACGCUGACUGGCAUCCAGCGCCUAUACGAGGAAAUAGACGACGAAGAAGAGGUGGAUGAGGGAGUCGGUGAGGAGGCAGACGAGGAAGAGGAGGAGGAGGAGGAAAAAGAUGGAGAGGGUGAUGCAAUGCAGACUAAAGAACGGCUUCUGCCUGAGAGACGCUCCAGGCGCCUUAAGUCUGAGAGGGAAAACAAGGAGCCAAAAGGCCUCAAGAUCUUUGGAACAAAUCCCAAGAUGGUUGGCUUGGAGAUUGUGUCAGCUGAUGACGGAUUCAGCAAGAAGCAGCGUCACCUCAAAGCCCAGGCCUUCGCCAUUAAAAUGAGACCACGGAAAGAGACCCUGGAGGUCAACUUUAUCGACCUGUACCUUUGCCUGGUGUGUGGCCGGGGCGACGAGGAGGACCGGCUCCUGCUGUGCGACGGCUGUGACGACAGCUACCACACCUUCUGCCUCAUCCCGCCUCUACAGGACGUCCCCAAGGGGGACUGGCGCUGCCCAAAGUGUGUUGCCGAGGAGUGCAGUAAACCCAGGGAGGCAUUUGGCUUCGAGCAGGCAGUGAGGGAGUACAGUCUGCAGAGCUUUGGCGAAAUGGCCGACCACUUCAAGUCUGACUACUUCAACAUGCCCGUUCACAUGGUCCCCACGGAGUUGGUGGAGAAAGAGUUCUGGCGCCUGGUCAGCAGCAUCGAGGAGGAUGUCAUCGUGGAGUACGGAGCGGACAUCAGCUCCAAGGAAGUGGGCAGCGGCUUUCCGGUCCGGGGCGGUAAAAGAAGGCUAAUAGGAGACGAGGAGGAGUAUGCCAACUCAGGCUGGAACCUGAAUAACAUGCCAGUGCUGGAGCAGUCGGUGCUCACCCACAUCAACGUGGACAUCUCGGGUAUGAAGGUGCCCUGGCUCUAUGUGGGCAUGUGUUUCUCCUCAUUCUGCUGGCACAUCGAGGACCACUGGAGCUACUCCAUAAACUUCCUGCACUGGGGUGAACCGAAGACGUGGUACGGAGUGCCGGCCUCCGCGGCAGAAAAGCUUGAGGCCGUGAUGAAAAAGCUGGCUCCAGAGCUGUUUGACUCCCAGCCGGAUCUCCUCCAUCAACUGGUCACCAUCAUGAAUCCCAACGUCCUCAUGGAGCACGGCGUCCCCGUGUACAGGACCAAUCAGUGUGCAGGGGAGUUUGUGGUGACCUUCCCCCGGGCCUAUCACAGCGGCUUCAACCAGGGCUACAACUUCGCGGAGGCCGUUAACUUCUGCACCGCUGACUGGUUACCGAUGGGUCGUCAGUGUGUGGCCCAUUACCGACGCCUCCACCGCUACUGCGUCUUCUCCCACGAGGAGCUGCUGUGCAAGAUGGCGUCUGAUCCGGAGAGUCUCGACGUGGAGCUGGCCGCCGCCGUCUUCAAGGAAAUGGGAGAAAUGAUGGAAGAGGAGACCAAACUCCGACUGGCUGUCCAGGAGAAAGGGGUGCUGUCGUCGGAGCAAGAGGUUUUUGAACUGUUACCCGACGAUGAGCGCCAGUGUUACAAGUGCAAGACCACCUGUUUCCUGUCUGCGCUGACCUGUUCCUGCAGCCCCGACCGACUGGUCUGUCUCAACCACGCAGCAGAGCUCUGUGACUGCCCGCUCGGGAACAAGUGUCUCCGGUAUCGCUAUGAUCUGGAGGAGUUCCCGUCCAUGCUGUAUAGGGUCAAGACACGGGCUCAGUCUUAUGACACCUGGUCAAAGAGGGUCACAGAGGCCUUGGCUGCCGACCAGAAAAACAAGAAAGAUCUUAUCGAGCUCAAGGUUUUGCUGGAGGACGCAGAGGAGAGGAAGUAUCCGGAGAAAGUGUUGUUCCGACGUCUGAGAGAGAUGGUCAAAGAGGCAGAGACGUGCUCCUCUGUCGCUCAGCUGCUGCUCAGCCGCAAACAACGGCACAGCACCCGUCUGCGUUCCGAGAGCAGCCGUAACCGUACCAAGCUGACGGUGGAUGAGCUCAAGGCCUUCGUCGAUCAGCUCUACAGGCUGCCCUGCAUCAUCAGCCAGGCCAGACAAGUGAAGGAGUUAUUGGAGAAUGUGGAGGACUUCCACGAGCGAGCCCAGGUGGCGCUCUCUGACGUAAUGCCUGAUUCCUCCAAGCUGCAGGCGCUAUUGGACCUGGGCAGUGGCCUGGAUGUGGAGCUGCCAGAGCUGCCCCGGCUGAAACAGGAGCUCCAGCAGGCCCGCUGGCUCGACGAGGUGCGCGUCACGCUGGCCGAGCCUCACCGCGUCACCCUGGAGCUGAUGAAGAGGUUGAUCGACUCUGGGGUGGGCCUGGCUCCCCACCACGCGGUGGAGAAGGCCAUGGCCGAGCUGCAGGAGAUCCUCACGGUUUCCGAGAGAUGGGAGGAUAAGGCCCGCGCCUGCCUGCAGGCCAGGCCCCGACACAGCAUGGUGACCUUGGAGAGCAUUAUGCUGGAAGCUCGGAACAUUCCAGCAUACCUACCUAAUAUCUUGGCCCUCAGAGAGGCCCUCCUGAAGGCUAAAGACUGGACAUCUAAGGUGGACGCCAUUCAGAGUGGCAACAGCUACGCUUACCUGGAGCAGCUGGAGAGCCUGCUGGCCAGGGGUCGCUCCAUCCCCGUCCGGCUCGAUCCACUGGUCCAGGUCGAGUCUCAGGUGGCCGCUGCUCGAGCCUGGAGGGAGAGGACCGGUCGCACCUUCCUCAAGAAGAACUCCACGUACACACUGCUCCAGGUCCUCAGCCCUCGCGUGGACAUCGGCAUCUACGGCAACAGCAAGAGCAAAAGGAAACGCGUCAAGGAGCUCAUGGAGAAGGAGAGGGGAGGCUUUGACCCUGACGCCCUCAGCGACCUGGAGGAGAGCCUCGAAGAUGUGCGAGACCCGUCGACCGUCGUCGCCGCCUUCAAAGCCAAAGAGCAUAAAGAACUGGAGGCCAUCCACUCUCUCCGCGCUGCCAAUUUAGCCAAGAUGGCCAUGGCCGACCGCAUCGAGGAGGUCAAAUUCUGCCUGUGUCGAAAGACGGCCAGCGGCUUCAUGUUGCAGUGCGAGCUUUGCAAGGACUGGUUCCACGGCGCCUGCGUCCCCCUGCCGAAGACGGGGACUCAGAAGAAGGCGGGCGUGGGUUGGCAGAGCAAUAGCAAAGACUCCAAAUUCCUGUGUCCGCUGUGUCAGAGGUCCAGGAGGCCGAGACUAGAGACCAUCCUGUCGCUGUUGGUGUCGCUGCAGAAACUGCCGCUGCGUCUCCCAGAAGGAGAAGCCCUCCAGUGUUUGACGGAGAGGGCAAUGAGCUGGCAGGACCGAGCGCGUCAAUCUCUGGCCACGGAGGAGCUGUCCUCAGCCCUGGCCAAGCUGUCUGUGCUGAGUCAGCGCAUGGUGGAGCAGGCGGCGAGGGAGAAAACGGAGAAGAUCAUCAAUGCAGAGCUGCAGAAGGCUGCUGCCAACCCGGACUUGCAGGGCCACAUCCAGACCUUCCAGCAGUCGGGGUUCAGCAGAGUCGCGUCACCUCGGCAAUCCGUGGACUACGACGACGAGGAGACCGACUCAGACGAGGACAUACGGGAGACCUACGGUUAUGACAUGAAGGACCCAGGCGAGGUGAAGCCCUACCUGUUCUGCGAUGAGGAGAUUCCUGUUAAGUCCGAGGAGGUGGUCAGUCACAUGUGGCCGGUUGUCACGCCCUCCUUCUGCGCCGAACACGCCUACUCCUCGGCCUCCAAGUCCUGUGUGCAAAACAUUAGCACACCCAGAAAGCAGCCCAGGAAGACCCCUCUGAUACCUCGCAGCCUGGAGCCGCCGGUGCUCGAGCUGUCCCCGCAGGCGAAGGCCCAGCUGGAGGAGCUGAUGAUGCUGGGAGAUCUGCUGGAGGUGUCCCUAGAUGAGACCCAGCACAUCUGGAGGAUCCUGCAGGCCACGCAUCCUCCCUCCGAGGAGAGAUUCCUGCAAGUCAUGGAGCCCGACGACUCUCUGAUGGAGAAGCCUCUGAAGCUCAAGCUCAAAGAGUCAGAGAAGAAGAGGAAACGGAAGCUCGAAAGAGCCGAGCACCACCACAUGCUGUUGGCCGCCGGUGGAGCCUCGGCGAUGGGCGAAAUAAGACCAGCCAAGUCCAAGGAGCUGAAAAGGGUCGGUCUGGAACUGGGCCUCGGGGGCAAACCCAAGAAGAAGAAGCUAAAGCUCAACCUCAACAAGAACCGGGAGAUGAAGCAGGUGGCCAAACGGUUGGUCAAGGAGGAGAAGGAGAGGAAGAGAAAAGAGAAGGCGGCGGCCAAGGCAGAGACCGUCAGGGAAGGGGUGGAGAAGAGGAAGGAGAAGAAGAUUCUCGACAUUCCCUCCAAGUAUGACUGGUCCGGGGCCGAGGACUCCAACGACGAGAACGCCGUGUGCGCGUCCAAGACCUGCCAGAGACCCUGUAAAGAUAAGGUGGACUGGGUGCAGUGCGACGGCGGCUGCGACGAGUGGUUCCACCAGGUGUGCGUGGGCGUGUCGUGCGAAAUGGCGGAGAACGAGGACUACAUCUGCGUGGACUGCUGCGGCAAGGCCACCGGCGGAGAGUUGGGGAUGACCGUGGAGGAGGUGGCGGCGGAGGAGGAGGAGGAGGAGGAAGAGGAGGAGGAGAGCGUCGUGGUGCUGUCCACGGCGAUGUGCGGCGUGCAGAGUCUGCAGGCGACGCCGUCCGUCGUGGCCUCGUGGUCUCACGCCGCCGCCGCCUCUCAUCUAAACCCAGCCGCGUUACUUCACCAGCAGGAGCCUCAGCAGGGCAGUUAGCGCUCAAAACAACAACAACAACAAACAGCACAUCUCGAAUACUGUACCUCACACAAUGAGCAUCAGGCAACACCUAGGACCCAGGCUAGGGGUUCAGCCUCUCAACCUGUCAAACAAAAGCUCUUGAUGAAUGAGUCUGAAUGAGGAGGGACAAACCAGAUGUGUUUCUGCGACCUCCUUGAGUAAAGAGCACAAGAAAGAAGAUGACCUUGCAUCUGGAAGUCGGAGGAGAGUCCGGCUGUCGCCGUACACACUCGAGACUCCUCCCACGACACUUUCAAGUCUAGAGGUAUCCACCAGCUACUUCCUGGUCCUCCCCGGAACAAUAGCACGGCAUCGGAACAAUUACUUCCAGUCAAACACACAAAUACUCCAGCUGUUGUAAUUCAGUGCAAACGGGCAAAUAAACACAUGUGUCUACUGGACAUGUGUGCCCCCCCCCCCCCCUUCUUCUGUCCUCUGUGUGGCCCUCCAGUCAGUAACAUCUCAAUAUGUUGGACUCCAGAUUAGGAAAAACACAAAUGGUUGUCAUGUAGUGGAAUUAUUUAUAAUGUACAUACUUUUAAGCAAUUAAACAAAUGGAUUGUGGCUUUUUUUGUUUUCUCACCUUUAAUAAACUAUUCCUAGUCAAAUGAUU